AUGGUUCAGUCUUCCGUUCUGGGUUUCCCCCGUAUGGGAGCCCUGAGAGACCUCAAGAAGGCUACUGAGGCUUACUGGGCGGACAAGAUCUCUCAGGCUGAUCUCCUGGCUGAGGGAAAGAGACUCCGUGCUGCUCACUGGAAGAUCCAGAAGGAUGCCGGUGUCGACAUCAUCCCUUCCAAUGACUUCUCGUACUACGACCAGGUCCUUGACCACAUCCAGCUCUUCGGUGCUGUUCCUGAGCGUUACAGCGCUCAGAAACUGAGCCCCCUCGACGAGUACUUCGCCAUGGGCCGUGGUCACCAGAAGGGUGGUGUUGAUGUGCCCUCUCUGGAGAUGGUGAAAUGGUUUGACAGCAACUACCACUACACCAAGCCCACCGUUAAGGAUGGCCAGACUUUCACCCUGGCCAAGGACCCUAAGCCCGUCCGGGAGUUCCUCGAGGCCAAGGAGGCCGGAAUCAAUACCAGACCCGUUAUUCUGGGACCUGUCUCUUUCCUUGCUCUGGGAAAGGCCGACCGUGGUUCCACCGUCGACCCCAUUUCCCUGAUUGACAAGCUUGUCCCCGUGUAUGUCGAGCUUCUCAAGGCUCUCAAGGCUGCUGGUGCAGACAAUGUUCAGAUCGACGAGCCGGUUCUUGUUUUCGAUCUGAGACCCGAGGUCAAGGCUGCUUUCAAGCCUGCCUACGAGACCAUUGGAUCCCUCGGUGCUGCCGCACCUGAGCUCAUCGUGGCCACUUACUUUGGAGACAUUGUUCACAACUUCGAUGUUCUGCCUGCUUUUGCCAACCUUAAGGGUAUUCACGUUGAUCUGGUUCGCAACCCCGAGCAGCUUGAGCCGGUUAUCAAGCAGCUCGGUCCCAAGCAGAUUCUGUCUGCUGGUGUCGUUGACGGACGUAACAUCUGGAAGAACGACUUCAAGAAGACUCUUGACAUCCUCAACACCGCCAUCAGCGCCCUCGGCAAGGAGCGUGUCAUUGUUGCUACUUCCAGCUCCCUCCUCCACGUUCCCCACACCCUCGCCAACGAGAAGAAGCUGCCCGAGGAAGUCUACCAGUGGUUCUCCUUCGCCGUCGAGAAGGUCCGUGAAGUCGCGAUCCUUGCCAAGGCUGUUACCGAAGGCCCUGCCUCUGUUCAGUCCGAGCUUGACGCCAACGCUGCUGCCAUCAAGUCUCGUGCUGAAUCUCAGCGUACCAACGACCCCAAGGUUAAGGAACGCCAGAGCCAGGUCACUCCUGAGAUGCACAACCGCAAGUCUCCAUUCGAGACUCGCUAUGCUCAGCAGAAGAAGCACCUCAGCAUUCCCCUCUUCCCUACGACCACUAUCGGCUCCUUCCCCCAGACUCAGGAGAUCAGAAUCCAGAGAAACAAGUUCACCAAGGGUGAGAUCACUCAGGAGCAGUAUGACGCAUUCAUCCGCAGCGAGAUCGACAAGUGCAUCCAGAUUCAGGAUGAGCUUGGCCUUGACGUCUACGUGCACGGUGAGGCCGAGCGUAACGACAUGGUGCAGUACUUCGGAGAGAGACUCGAGGGUUACGUUUUCACGACCCACGCUUGGGUCCAGUCUUACGGAUCUCGAUGCGUUCGUCCCCCGAUCAUUGUCGGUGAUAUCUCCCGCCCCGCUGCUAUGACUGUCAAGGAGAGCAAGUACGCUGCCUCGGUCUCUAAGAAGCCUAUGAAGGGUAUGCUUACUGGACCCGUUACUUGCCUUCGGUGGUCCUUCCCUCGUGUCGACGUCCACCAGUCUGUUCAGGCCCAGCAGCUUGCCCUUGCCCUCCGUGACGAGGUUGUUGACCUUGAGAAGAAUGGCAUUUACGUCAUUCAGGUUGACGAGCCAGCCCUUCGUGAAGGUCUGCCCCUUCGCUCUGGCAAGGAGCGCGAUGCCUACUUGAAGUGGGCUGUCGACAGCUUCAAGCUCUCCACUGCUGGUGUUGAGGAUUCCACUCAGAUCCAUUCCCACUUCUGCUACUCUGAGUUCCAGGACUUCUUCCACGCCAUUGCUGCUCUUGAUGCUGAUGUCCUCUCCAUCGAGAACUCCAAAUCCGACGCCAAGCUUCUCAAGGUCUUCAUCGACGAGGCUUACCCUCGCCACAUCGGACCUGGUGUCUACGAUAUCCACACUCCUCGUGUCCCCUCUGAGGAGGAGAUCAAGCAGCGCAUCUCUGAGAUGCUUCAGUACCUCAAGCCCGAGCAGUUGUGGGUCAACCCCGACUGUGGUCUGAAGACCAGAACCUGGGAUCAGGUCAAGCCUGCUCUGACCAACAUGGUCAACGCUGCCAAGUCUUUCCGUGAGCAGUACAAGGCUUAA